AUGGCGAAGUAUAAAGGUGCGGCUUUUGGUGAGCAGAGCCCACACCCUUAUGCAGUUGCAAGUUCUGCAUAUAGCAAGAUGAUAAACGAAGAAAGAAGCCAAUCUAUUUUGGUUAGUGGAGAAAGUGGAGCUGGGAAAACGGAAAGUACAAAGAUGCUUAUGCGCUAUCUUGCCUUUUUGGGAGGGAGAGCAGCAACUGAAGGACGCUCUGUGGAGCAACAAGUUCUCGAGUCCAAUCCAGUUUUAGAAGCAUUUGGCAAUGCAAAGACUGUUAGGAAUAAUAAUUCUAGUCGUUUUGGUAAGUUUGUGGAGAUUCAGUUUGAUCAAAAGGGGAGAAUUUCAGGAGCUGCUAUCAGAACAUAUUUGCUGGAACGAUCCCGUGUCUGUCAAAUUUCUGAUCCUGAGAGAAAUUAUCAUUGCUUUUAUAUGCUUUGCGCUGCACCAAAGGAGGAUGUUGCUAAGUACAAAUUGGGAGAUCCAAGGAAAUUCCAUUACCUUAAUCAAUCAAAUUGCUUUGAGCUUGAUGGGGUGGAUGAUUCUAAGGAGUACCAUGCAACUAAGAGAGCUAUGGAGGUCGUUGGGAUCAGCUCCGAGGAGCAGGAUGCUAUAUUUCGAAUAGUAGCUGCAAUACUUCAUUUAGGAAACAUUGAGUUUGUUAAGAGAGUGGGAGAGGAGUUAGAUUCCUCUCAGCCCAAGGAUGAAGAAUGCUAUUUCCACCUAAAAACAGCGGCUGAGCUUUUGAUGUGUGAUGAGAAGUCCCUUGAAGACUCUUUCUGCAAACGUGUUAUGGUGACUCGUGGUGAAACCAUAACAAAAUCGCUUGAUCCAAAUGCUGCAGCUCUUAGCAGAGAUGCAUUGGCUAAAAUAGUUUAUUCAAGGCUAUUUGACUGGAUUAUUUGCAAGAUAAACAACAGUAUUGGGCAAGAUCCAGUGUCAAAGAGCUUGAUUGGAGUUCUAGAUAUAUAUGGAUUUGAGAGUUUCAAGACCAACAGUAAAAGUACCCUCCAAACAAUUGAGAAUUCACAAAAGUAUGGGAUGAUGACUUUGGUAGACGAAAUUAGGACACGAUGGAAAGUGAUAGACAUGCAAGAAAUAAGUGACUAA